AUGCUGCCAAGGGGAGACUACCUGGACAAGAUGGUAGUCGUCCUAUCCUUCCCUGCCAUCCUCAACUUCAUGCUCGUCCCUCUUGUGGGUGCUGCAGACACGUUCUGGGUGGGAAAGAUGGGGAACGCAGCAGCGCUGGCGGGGCAGGGAGCAGCGAACCAGGUGUUCUCAACAACGUUUUGGGUGCUCGGGUUCCUUCCCAGCGUCAUCACGCCAUUGGUGGCGAGUGCCUACGGCAAAGGAGACAUGGAAGGAGUUCGCAAGCACAUUGCAGAGGCUCUCUUCCUCGCAACCUUCAUAGGAACGAUCGGGAUGACUCUUGUGGUCCUCAUUCCUCAGAUCCUGGUCUCCGUUGUCAUCCCGUCGGGUGCCCCGGCGAUGGAGUACGCAGUCCCCUACAUCCUCGCCAGAGGCGCCAGCUUCGUCCCUGCCAUGCUCACGACCGUUGGAUUUGCUACGUUUCGAGGAACGUUGGACACGUUCACGCCUCUCAUGGUCAGCGCCUUCUCGAACCUGUUCCACAUCGCAUUGCUUCCCAUCUUCGUCCUCAAGCUCGGGUUUGGUGUGGUGGGAGCUGGUCUAGCCACCUGCAUCUCGGACGUUGUCUCUUGUUCCGUCUACCUGACGAUCCUCCUCCGGAAGAAAUUCAUCGAGUCCUCCUCCUUGUUCCGCGUCCCGACCUUAGCUGCCAUCUCAGAACUCAUGAGCGCAGGCUUCAGCGUGCAGCUGCGAACUCUGGCCAUGAACUCUGUCUUCAUCGUUGGCAGUGGAAGGAUCCAGGCGAUGGACUUGACGGGGACGUCGGCAGCAGCACACACCAUCGCCACACAGCUCUGGUCUAUCGGAGGCGUCAUCCUGCUUGCCAUGAGCACAGUGGCUGCUAUCCUUGUUCCCAAGGCCAUGGCGACGGCUUCGAUAGAUGGGGACCUUGUGUCUGCUCGGCACACAGCCAACCGCAUGCUCAUCUGGGGCCUCAUCGUGGGCUGCAUCCUGGCAGCCGUCCAGCUCUCCAUGAUCCCCCUGCUCAACGUCUUCACGCCCUUGGAAGAGGUGAGGGAGGCGGCGCGCGUCCCGUUCACCAUCAGCGCUGCCAUGCAGAUCAUGAACGGGGUUGUCUUCGUUGGAGAGGGAGUGAUGCAGGGGCAUAGAGCCUUCCGCCAGCUAGCAGUCAACACAGUCCUGGCAAUGAUCGUGCUGCAGCUCACGAUCCCAAUACUGGGGACAAGCUUGCCGGGAGUUUGGUGCUCUUACUUCGUUUUCAAUGUUGGGAGAUUGAUCGGGGUGCUUUAUCAUCAUUUCUAUCAGGUUGGCCCUCACAAAGUUUGUUGUUCCCUUUGUCCGCUCUUUCUCUUCCCCUUUAUUUGUUCAUCUGUCACUAGUGUCCCCGUUUCUUUGCUUCUCUUUCUCUGCUGUCUUCGUCUGAAGUGUUUCCCCAGGGCCCGUUGGCGUUGA